CCCAAGCUGCUAGAAGUUGACUGGGAUUCUCUUUUUAAAGAGAGACAACCUCCACCAGGAGCAGCUAAACAACACCAGGAGAAUCAGCAGAAACCCAAGACAUUUCACGCCUGUCCAGUGUGUGGAAGACACUGCCAAAAGUUAUCCAUCCUGCAGAUCCACAUGAGAAUCCACACGGGAGAGAAGCCGUACCCCUGCCCCGACUGUGGCAAGAAGUUCGCUCACCUGGGAGCCAUGAGACGACACCACCUCACACACACGGGAGAGAAGCCUUACUCCUGCUCUGUGUGUGGGAAGAGUUUCACCCAAUCAGGACAUCUGAAAGAGCACAAACAGUCUCACUCCGGAGAGAAGCACCACUGUCUGAUCUGUCUGAAACAGUAUAUCAGAGCAGAAGAUCUGAAGAUUCACCACAGAGUUCACACGGGAGAAAGGCCCUACCGCUGUGCAGAGUGUGGCAAGAGCUACAUCAGGUCAAAGAAUCUCCGGGCUCACAAGCUGACUCACCAGAGGACAGGAGGUGGUGGUAAAAGUGACAGGGAGAUGGCAGCUACUAUCCAGGUGAAAGUGAAGGAGGAGGAAGAAGAGGAAGAGGUUGGUGGUUUCAUCAAUGCCGAAGGAGAGGAGGAAGAGGAGGUUGGUGGUUUCAUUAAUGCUGACGGAGAGGAAGUUGGCUGGAGUUUCCCUGAUCUCAGUGAAAGUCCUGUCCAUGACUCUGGUAGUGAAGGAGGAAGUCCCCCUACAUCACACACCAACAAG